AUGUCUUCCUGCCAUGCAGAUACCCUAGCUCCUCAGCCGUGGACUGACGUCUUCACCGGAGACGGGUGUAUAGACCGGCGUUAUUGCCAUCGUACAGUGCCCAUGAAAGUGUUGGCACUGGGCGUUGGCCGCACCGGAACAGCCUCUCUCCGAGCAGCGCUUCACCGACUGGGAUAUGUUAAAACAUACCACAUGAUGUCCGCCAGCAUCGAGAAUCCACCAGACUGUCUGAUGUGGAUGGAUGCGCUGACGGCUAAAUAUGACGGCACUGGGACACCAUUCGGUCGUGAGCAAUGGGACCAGUUGUUGGGGGACUGUCAGGCUGUUUGCGACUGGCCGGCAUGCGCUUUUGCAAAGGAGCUCGUCGAAGCGUAUCCGGAUGCUAAAGUAAUUCUCACAACCAGGGAUCUCGACUCGUGGCAUGCGUGA